AUGGGCAAGAAAGAUGGCAAAAAAGACAAGGGGGAUGCCGCGUCCUUGAACCUCACACUGUGGCGGGAUACAGGCGGCGAGCGUGGAGGGCACAUGUGGCUAGUCUGUAUCGUGGAGUCGGUCGAGAAGACCCUACGCGUGAACGAGCUCAGCGCGGUGUUGCUUCUAGACGUCGCCAACUUCGUGAACGCGAUGAGUGCGACGGAGGCGGUGAUUGCGGCUGUCGUUGCGCCGGUGACGGGUGUUGUUCGUUCGGAGGGGGUGGUAGUUUUCUUUGUUUUGGCCAUUUUGGCCGUUCUGGAGUGUAGGUUCUCGGAAGAGGUGCCCGGGCUGGUGGAGACCUCCAACAACUUGGCCAGAGUGAGCAUCGCCGUCGAUGCCGUCAGCGUCACGCACUUUGCGCGCUCGGCGGUGGACGCGCGGCUGGCGGAGUUCCGCAAGAAGAUGAAGGACCUCGCGGAUUCCACCGGCUUCGAAGUCGACUCUGGCGUGCAGCUACCAGGGUGGGCGCCGAAUGCCAAGUCUCGGCUUCUGGAGCUCUCCAAGGAAGUGUUCGUGCAGCUGGAAGGCAGAAAUCCUGAGGUGGCAGCCAUCCAUGCCGGUCUCGAAUGUGGUGUCUUUGCAGAGAAGCUCCCAGGGAUCGACAUGAUCUCUUUUGGGCCCGACAUACAAGGUGCACACGCUCCGGGUGAGAAGGUGGAGGUCAGCUCCGUGGCAAGAAACUGGGAGCUGCUUCUUGGGCUGUUGGCACGCCUCGCCCAAGAGCCGCCCCGACGUGCGGAGCUGUGA